GCGGCUCUCACCCCGACAGUCCUGAGCCCGAGACGCGGUGUUGACCCGCUGAGCCAGAGCGAGACAAGGGCCGCCCACUCUGCCGCCACCGCCCCACGCGCACGGCGCCCCUCUUCCCGGGCAGCCUCCCCGAAGCUCAGCCCUCCUGCCUUCCCCGGCGUUGUCCCUACCUCGCUGGGAAGCGAGCGGCCGGCAAGUUUCGGCGCGCACAAGAGGCGGGCCGCGGGCACCGUGCGCCCGGGAGGGGUGGCCGCGGCUCCGGGCUCGGCGUCCCGAGCGCACUUUGGCGAUGGCUUCUCAGCCGCGAAGGCGGCGGUUCCUCUGCCUUCGCCAUCUCCUGUUCCUUAUCCCCGGACUUUUACUGCCUCUUUGCGGCGCCUUCAACCUAGAUGUGGACAGUCCUGCUGAGUACUCUGGCCCCGAGGGAAGUUACUUCGGUUUUGCUGUGGAUUUCUUCGUGCCCAGCGCGUCUUCUAGGAUGUUUCUUCUGGUGGGAGCUCCCAAAGCAAACACUACUCAGCCUGGGAUCGUGGAAGGAGGGCAAGUCCUCAAAUGUGACUGGUCUUCUAACCGCCGGUGCCAGCCAAUUGAAUUUGACGCAACAGGCAACAGAGAUUAUGCCAAGGAUGAUCCAUUGGAGUUUAAGUCCCACCAGUGGUUUGGAGCAUCUGUGAGGUCAAAGCAGGAUAAAAUUUUGGCCUGUGCCCCACUGUACCACUGGAGGACUGAAAUGAAACAGGAGAGAGAGCCUGUUGGAACAUGUUUUCUUCAAGAUGGAACAAAGACUGUUGAGUAUGCUCCAUGCAGAUCAAAAAAUAUUGAUGCUGAUGGACAGGGAUUUUGUCAAGGAGGAUUCAGCAUUGAUUUUACUAAAGCUGACAGAGUACUCCUUGGAGGUCCUGGUAGCUUUUAUUGGCAAGGUCAACUAAUUUCAGAUCAAGUGGCAGAAAUCGUAUCUAAAUAUGACCCCAAAGUUUAUAGCAUCAAGUAUAAUAACCAGUUAGCAACUCGGACUGCACAAGCUAUUUUUGAUGACAGUUAUUUGGGUUACUCAGUGGCUGUUGGAGAUUUCAAUGGUGAUGGCAUAGACGAUUUUGUUUCAGGAGUUCCACGAGCAGCAAGAACUUUGGGAAUGGUUUAUAUUUAUGAUGGGAAAAACAUGUCUUCCUUACACAAUUUUACUGGUGAGCAGAUGGCUGCAUAUUUCGGAUUUUCCGUAGCUGCCACUGACAUUAAUGGGGAUGACUAUGCAGAUGUGUUUAUUGGAGCACCUCUCUUCAUGGAUCGUGGUUCUGAUGGCAAACUCCAAGAGGUGGGUCAGGUCUCGGUGUCUCUGCAAAGAGCUUCAGGAGACUUCCAGACAACAAAGCUGAAUGGGUUUGAGGUCUUUGCAAGGUUCGGCAGCGCUAUAGCACCUUUGGGAGAUCUGGACCAGGAUGGCUACAAUGAUAUUGCAAUUGCUGCUCCAUAUGGGGGUGAAGAUAAAAAAGGAAUUGUUUAUAUCUUCAAUGGAAGAUCUACAGGCUUGAAUGUGGUACCAUCUCAAAUCCUUGAAGGGCAAUGGGCUGCUCGGAGCAUGCCACCAAGCUUUGGCUAUUCAAUGAAAGGAGCCACAGAUAUAGACAAAAAUGGAUAUCCAGAUUUGAUUGUAGGAGCUUUUGGUGUGGACCGAGCUGUCUUAUACAGGGCCAGACCAGUUAUCACUGUAAACGCUGGCCUUGAAGUAUACCCCAGCAUUUUAAAUCAAGAUAAUAAAACCUGCCCACUGCCUGGCACAUCUCUCAAAGUUUCCUGUUUCAAUGUCAGAUUCUGCUUAAAGGCUGAUGGCAAAGGAGAACUUCCCAGGAUGCUUAAUUUCCAGGUGGAGCUUCUUUUGGAUAAACUCAAGCAAAAGGGAGCAAUUCGGCGAGCACUGUUUCUCCAUAACAGGUCCCCAGGUCACUCCAAGAACAUGACCAUUUCAAGGGGGGGACAGAUGCAGUGUGAGGAACUAAUAGCAUAUCUGCGGGAUGAAUCCGAAUUUAGGGACAAGCUCACUCCAAUUACUAUUUUUAUGGAGUAUCGAUUAGAUUAUCGAACGGCUGCUGAUGUAACAGGCUUGCAACCUAUUCUUAAUCAGUUCACUCCUGCCAAUAUUAGUCGACAGGCUCAUAUUCUACUUGACUGUGGUGAAGACAAUGUUUGUAAACCCAAGCUAAAGGUUUCUGUAGAUAGUGAUCAAAAGAAGAUCUAUAUUGGAGAUGACAACCCUCUGACAUUGACUGUAAAGGCUCAGAAUCAAGGAGAAGGUGCCUAUGAAGCUGAGCUCAUUGUUUCCAUUCCACCGCAAGCUGAUUUCAUUGGGGUUGUCCGCAACAGUGAAGCCUUAGCAAGACUUUCCUGUGCAUUUAAAACAGAAAACCAAACCCGCCAGGUGGUUUGUGACCUUGGAAAUCCAAUGAAAGCUGGAACUCAACUUUUAGCUGGUCUUCGAUUCAGUGUGCACCAGCAAUCAGAGAUGGAUACUUCUGUGAAAUUUGAUUUACAAAUCCAAAGCUCCAAUCUUUUUGACAAAGUAAGCCCAAUGGUAUCUUACAAAGCUGAUCUUGCUGUUUUAGCUGCUGUUGAGAUAAGAGGAGUCUCAAGUCCUGAUCAUAUCUUUCUUCCGAUUCCAAAUUGGGAGCACAAGGAGAACCCUGAGACUGAAGAAGAUGUUGGGCCAGUUGUUCAGCACAUCUAUGAGCUGAGAAACAAUGGUCCAAGUUCAUUCAGCAAGGCAAUGCUAAAUCUUCAGUGGCCUUACAAAUAUAACAAUAACACUUUGUUGUACAUCCUUCAAUAUGAUAUUGAUGGGCCAAUGAACUGCACUUCAGAUAUGGAGAUUAACCCUUUGAGAAUUAAGGUCUCAACUUCACAAACAGCUGAGAAUGACACAGUUGCUGUGCAGGGUGGUCGGAACCAUCUCAUCACUAAGCGGGAUCUCACCCUCAGUGAAGGGGAUAUUCACACUUUGGGCUGUGGAAUCGCCGAAUGCUUGAAGAUCGUCUGCCAGGUUGGGCGACUAGAUAGAGGAAAGAGUGCGAUCCUGUAUGUGAAGUCUCUCCUGUGGACCGAGACCUUUAUGAAUAAGGAAAACCAGAAUCACUCAUAUUCCAUGAAGUCAUCUGCUUCAUUUAAUGUCAUAGAGUUUCCGUAUAAGAACCUACCAAUUGAGGAUAUCUUCAACUCAACAUUAGUUACCACUAAUGUCACCUGGGGCAUUCAGCCAGCACCCAUGCCUGUGCCUGUGUGGGUGAUCAUUUUAGCAGUUCUAGCAGGAUUGUUGUUACUGGCUGUUUUGGUGUUUGUAAUGUACAGGAUGGGCUUUUUUAAACGUGUUCGGCCACCCCAAGAAGAACAAGAAAGGGAACAGCUUCAACCUCAAGAAAAUGGCGAAGGAAACUCUGAAACUUAACUGUGAUUUUUAAUUUAUCCUACAUCCUGACCCAUUAGAAUUACCAACUUCAUUACAGAUUUAAAUUUCCUUCAUGAGGAAUAAAAUUCCACAGCUGUACUGCUGUUGAUGACCAUUGGUGUUAACCACAAAAUGAGAGCAAUAUUUGUCAGCCUUUUCUUUAUAAAUAAGUUCUGACAUACAUUUAAUCCGCAUCAACUGACUAGUGUUUUUAGUUAUUUAAAUGAUAAAAUUUCAAGUGAUAGUUCUUAUUCAAUGUAUAUAAGAUAGGUAGUGCCUGAGUUACUACUUGAUAUAAAAUAGGACCUCUUAAAAUUACUGUUUCUUAUUUAGUAUGUUGGAUUUUGUUGUUUAUUAUUGUCAUUAUUUUAAAGCAAUCCAGAUUUGGACCUUAGCAUCCAUAUCUUUUGUGCAAGUACUUAACAUUAGUACACAUUACACUACAAUUGACUCUUCAAGCUACUAAAGACUUUAUAGCUGCAUGAACGUGGGUUUUAAUAUCACCUACAUGAUAGAACUGUUUUUUAAAAUGCAUGAUUCCAUCAAAAUUCCUUUCUUAAAUAACAAAGGUACAAUCGUUUGUUUUAAUAUGGAAAUUUGGUACAUGCUAUUAAAUUUUUAUUUAUAUUUAAUCCUCAACCUAUUUUAUUAACUUAUAAAAUUAAAGUUCUAGGUGCUUAAAACUUAGUUCUAUUAUCAAAAACACUUCCUUUGUAUAAUAGUUUAAUUUCAGCUAAACAUCAAGACACUUAAAGCCAUAUGGGGUUGGAAAUCACUUCCAAAAUAACAUCUAUUCCAUUGUUUUGUUCUGGCUAUUUACAAUAGAAAAAAGAAAGCAUUUUAAUUAAAAGACUAUGUUUGUAGUUCUUUGAUAUAGUUGCUUGUUAGUAGUACGUUCUUAGAUUAGAGUUUUUAGUUGGGAUUAAUUUAUUUUCCUCCUUUAUAUGUAUUCUUCCUUGUAUUUCCAAAACUGUAAUUGAGAACGGGUCAAGAUCAAUGAGGAAUCUUUACAACUUACGGGAACCCUCCCGCAAUCCCUCUACCCUCCCACCCCAUGAGAAAUGCUUGGAACCAAAACUCUUAAAGUAGCUCAUUGGUUUACUUCUAGCAGUAGCAUAAUGCUAAUCACAUAGCUGUUACCUCAGUUUAAGCAAGGUAAUAUAUAAAACCAGUCUCAGCUAUCAAAGUGACUUUUAAAAGGUAUUUUUAAAAGCAGCUUGUUACUGAAAACAUUUUAAAGCUUUCUUGGGUUUGUUAACAGAAACUACUUUUCUAAGAUCUUUAUUAAAAGCAGUGUAGUUGGCAAGUUAUAAUUUUAUAUGCCUGUAGGGUGGUGAAUCUUCUAAAGGAAAAUGUGAUUUAUUCACAGUUUCUCAAGGCCUGGGGAUGACUAUCAAUUAUCCCUAUUUUUGUGCAAUUACAUCAUGAUGUGCAUUGGAAACCAAGAGUUUAAUAGCUUUUUAACUACUGUCCUCAUUAGGCAAUGAUAAAUAUUUCCCUUAAAUAAUUGACUAUUUUUCUGUGUUUUAAAAAUAAUUGACAUUUAUCUUGUCAUGCCUUGUAUUAUAAUUCCCUGCACAAGUGCAUAAACCAAUCUUGAGAAUUUAAUCAUAAAAUAGAAGCACAUUUAGGUGAGUUAUGCAAGUUAGAACAUUAACCAGACUCUAUAUUUAGAUUUAGUACAUUUCAAAAUUUAUGAAUUUUGGAGUAUAGAUUUUAUUAGUAGCUUAAAAGAUCAUAUGCAAUAAGUAUUUUUAUUACCAAUAACUUUACAGUUUAAGAAAAACUAUUUUUAGCUUAGGGGCAAGUACAUACAACCACUAAGUUGAUCUAUAACAACUUUCAUCUGUUUUCCCACCUAGUAGCAUUCAUUCCUGAAAAUAUAUGUUGGGUAGCUAUUCACUCUCUGACAAAAAUGUUAGUAUUUGCUUUUCCAGUCUAUUCCUUUUAUGACCUGUAGCUCAAGAUAUAAUCUUGUAUGAGGGUCUGAAGGAUGUCGUAAUUGGAAAUUAACAUGAUGUUUUAAAUCGCCUUUAGAAAAAAAAUUUUUUUUAAUUUAUUGUGCUUUAGGUGAAAGUUUACAGCUCAAGUUAAUUUCUCAUACAAAAAUUUAUACAGAUAUUGUUAUGUGACCCUAGUUGCAAAGAAAAUGUAACUUUAAGCAAUGAUUUGGAUUUUUCUUUCCAAAAAAUGAAAAAUUAUAUCUCUGUAAAAAUAUGGUAGAAGUAUAAUUUGAAAGCCAACUCUUUGAGGAAUAUGUUUGGGAAAAUGUUGAGAUGCUUUUUACCCUAAAGUAGCACGUGAAAUGUAUUUGAUUAAAAUAUAUAAAAAAAAGUCCUACGAAAAAUAUGUAUUUACUCUCCCAAUAUUUAAAAUAUCACCAUGUUUGUGAUUUAUUAAGAAUUAAAAUCCAUUUUAAAGUGUAAAGUUCUUACAAACUGAGUCAGUUUUAAAAACGCAUAUGAAUGAACUACAGAAUAUAAAAAGUAUUGGAUUUUGAUAAGAAAUAUUGAUACUGAUUUUUUUUACAUAUAUAGGCCCUUGAGAAUUCAUAUUUUGAUAAAAAUUUGUAUGAGGGUCAUUAUUUCCUUCUCUUCCCUUUACCUCUCUUUUAUGGUUGAUUAUUAUUGUAAUUCUGAUUAAAUUCUUAAUGAUUCCAAAGUGUAAAACAAUCAAAAUAUUAUUGCCAUAAUUCUGCCUGUUAUAAACCGUAUUCACAGUAAAUUCUUAUUAACAUUAAUUUAUAUUUAUGUAAGGAGAAAAUUCAAAUAUUAGUAAAAAAAAAUUACACUGGCUUCUAUAAGAGACUCAAAAGUUUCUGAUAUUGAGUCAUGACCCUGAGAGAGAUUUAUGUGGCAAAUUAUAAUAUGUAACAGAUCAGCUGGUUUGCGUCAAGCAGAAUUUGUGAGUUGAUAGACGUUCUUAUGCUGCAGAAUGUUGUGCUGAGCUGGGGAAGAGUAAAUCAUUCUUGGAAGAUCUGUGUGUGACCAUUGCCUAUCUCAGAGUCACCUUGUUUGUACUCUUGGAUAUCUUCUAUAUGUAGUAGUUUUAUCAAUAAGAAAAAAAGUACAAAAUUUGCAAAUUGAAUACAGGAUUAAAAAAGAAAUGAAAUGACCCUAAUACUCAGUGUUUUGGAGAGCAUCCCUUUUAACUUAUUGGUAGGCUAGUUUCAAAGAUGAACCUAUGGACAUGCAGCAUACAAUAUGUAUUUCAUGGUAAUUUCUGAUACGUAAUGAACUUAUUGGGAUAGGUACUGAAUCUUUUAUUUUUGUUGUCAUUGUUCUCGUGCAAUAUAACAAUGUAAGCAAACUUAGAUAAUUUCAAAGUCAUUGUUAAUCUAGUAAACCUAAUCUAAAUGGAACUUGUUAGUUUUUUUUUCUUUGUUUUGUUUUUUUGUUUUUGUUUUAGCUUUUGCAGGAGGGAGUGAUUCUGCUGUGGAUAUACAAGUGACAUUGUUUACCCCUAAAAGGUCCAUUCUGCAUUUUGAGUUUGAAUGUAAACUAUCCCCUACCAGUUUUGAAACACUUUCAGAUAUCUUAAGGUAACUUGGAAGCUGUGUGUAGCAAAUUAAUAUGGUACCUAAGUGACAUAGAAAGUAGUUUUCUUUGUUUAGCUUCUCUUGUGAUCACCCACAUUGGGUGAAACAUAAAUUGAGUGUAUUCUAAAAUUUGUCAUUUGCUAACUUGAUUUGGGUUAGUGAAAACUGGUACAGUGUUCUUCUGACUUUUCAGUGUGUAACUUGUAACUAUACAAUAAAAUUGAGCAUAUGAUGCCACUUUUGAGUAUGAUCUUUGUACUUUCCUUCUAUAAUGUUUUGUUUUGCUUUGUAAUCACAUUAGCCAGUAACAAUGCACUAAAACGUGACCUGAACAAGAUGACACACCUCUCUAAUAGUCUGAAUUUAAGAGUGUUAGUCAUUGGAAGAAAGGAAACACAAAAAGAUCAAAAAACCUACCAUUAAAAUAUAUCCUUAGAAAGGUAAAUAUGUACUUGCUUGAAAUACAACAAUCCUUGAUUCUAAACAAACUGAAUUAUUCUAAAUUUUAUUAAACUAACUAACCUUUAUUAUUUUUACCUUAUUAGGUGACUCCAAAAAUGAACACUUGCCACUUUACAGCUUGUUUUUUUACACAUCUGCAAUUCUAGUACAUAACCACAUACCUUUAAUAAUACAAAGUGACAGAAAAAUAAUGCAGAUACGUCUUAUAGUUUAUUAAAAUAAAUUCAUAGAUGAAAAUAUUUGUUCAAAUAAAGCAUGAUACUUUUCAGGAAAGCAUUUCAUAACUUUCUGGCAACAGAUUGGUGAAUUAUAGUGUCUUUUUGAAUAAGAUAUCAAUAGGUUGUUUUUUUCUAAGUCUGUUUUAUCCAAGAAAGCUUAUACUCUCAAAAGUGAGAUUCAUUUGUUGAAAAGCACUCUGAUUUUAGUUCCAAAUAAAAUUUAAAAUUAACAAUAAAAUACAUGUGUAAAUAUUACUAUGGAAAUCCAUUUUUAUUAAUGAAAAUUUUUAAAUAAAAUAUCUCUUCAUAGAAAGUCUAGUAUGUUUGCUUUCCAUUGAGUAGAAAGUGAUCAUUUUUGUAUUGUUGCCAGAAGAACUAUUCGUUACCAGCAAUGUCCUGUAAAAGUUACCCUGGAAGGAUAUGGAUUAGCACAAACAUGACAUUUUGUUAACAGUUUUCUCAUUCAGUUAGUAUUAAAUAGCAGUUGUUUUUUGUUCACUAUCUUUUGAGAGUUUUGAAUUUAUACUCUUCUUUCCCACCCCUCAACUAUGAAGGCAUACUAACCCUUGUUGUUGCUUAAAAAAAAUAAAUACAGGCAUAAUCUGCAUUUUUAUACAAAUUCAGGAUUUUAGGCUUCAGUUGAAGACAUGUUUUACCAUCACAAUGAGGUCCUCUUUGAGAGACAAAGACAGUUUAAUUUUAUCAGCAGCAGCAUCUUCGUACAGCAGUAUUUAUAUUAACUUGAAAAAAUUUGUCUUUGUCAUUUCAUUAAACUGAAUGGGAAAUGAAAAAAAGACAGUGCUGAUUGUACUUAUAAACAAAGAUUGACAUCAUUAGGUAUGACAAAAACGGCAAAAUUUUGGUAUUGAUCAGAUAUUCAUUGGAUGUAAGAUGAUUGGCUAUUUUUCAUUGGGGGCGGGGAGA